UUCGCCUUCACACAUAAAGUUUAUGGCGUGUGCUGGACCGUAUAAAAUCUCAACAAGUUGUUGAAAUUGACAGACUUCUUCUAAACUUUGAACAGUAAACAUCGCCUAGCUUUUUAAAACAUUAAGAAUGACUGAAAGUAUGACAACACCGACUCGACCGGGUCCUUAUAAUCGAAGGACAAACAAACCACUUGUUGAGAAAAGACGAAGAGCUAGAAUAAAUGAUUGUCUUGGAGAAUUAAAGACAUUAGUAUUACAAGCCAUGAAACAAGAUAGUGCUCAAAUAUCCCGUUUAGAAAAAGCCGAUAUAUUAGAAAUGACCGUCAAGUAUUUACAUCACGUACAAAGGCAACAGCCGACAUCUUCUAUGGUGAACACCCCACAGAGUGCCGCCAAAUAUCGUGCUGGUUUCACAGAAUGCGCUAGUGAAGUUAUGAGAUAUAUGUCCAAUAUACAAGGAGUUAACCCAGAAGUUAGCACAAAACUCACUGGUCACUUAGCUGGAUGCCUUUCAAUGGUGAACUCAGCCACCCAGAUGGCUCACGUCAGACCCCGAGAGAUGACCACCACCACUACAGUAGUCCCUCCAUCAACACCAUCCCCGGUUAAAACAGAUAUCUAUAACCGACCCCUCCAAAUCCAGAUUCCUGAUAAUAAGUUAAAAGUGUCACGUGACUGUAAACAACAAACAGGACAUGCUAUGUUGUUGAUGCCGAUCAACCCUCAGUUACAACCUCUUAAAAGUGUCACCUCGGAGCCUCAUGUUGUGUCACCUGUACGUCAUGUGUCUUCCAGCUUUUCUUACAAUGGACUUAAAAACAUCACAAACACUUAUGUGUCUCCUUCACCAAACAGUCUGACAACAGAUGUGAAGAAACAGCGACUCUCAUUCUCCCCGGAUAGUCGCUCACCUUCCGGAUCUCCUCAUAGCACCCACAGUUUAGCACCAAAGCACCUGUACGAUCCCAUCAGCCCCGUGUAUUCACCACCACAGUGUUCAUUCCAAGAGGAAAAGUUAUGGCGUCCCUGGUAACCGAGUAACAUCGGCACCAUAACAAACAUUAAGAAAUCCAUUAUACGUGUCAUCCAUAAACUUUUACAUCGAUGUGAUAUACAGUGUCAUAAUAGUAACUCAUAAUCCAUGUCUCGGAAUAGAAAAGCAACGACUAUACAGAAAAACAGUGUUUAACACCCGAACUCACCGAAUGAUGCAUUAUAACGCAUUGUAUCACGAUUCGCCAUAUUGUGUGACGCGGGUGAGAAAAACAAAUUUAUUGGGAUAAACACACACUGUGUUUAACACCCGAACACGCAUAAUUAUAUAACGAUCCGCCAUAUUAUGUGAGUCGGGUGAGAAAAACAAACCCGAAUUCAUUUUAAAUUUUGCAUGUUUUUUUUUAACAUGUGGAUACCAGAACUGUGUGAAAACUCGAUUAAAUCUGCCAAACUUUUUUUUAUUGUGAUAAAUCAUGAAACAAGUGCUCUUUUUUAUACAUAUAUAUUUUUUUAUGUUUUUGAUACAUUAAAUUUCUUAAAUCUUU